UCGGCACCUCGCCAUCUCCAGAAAGCGCCCCGACACUGACAACCGGCAGCUCAAGCCCAACCCUUGACUUUUACCACCCCCCAUAAAUAUCCCACCAGAGCGAACUGCUGCACCCCUCCAACCCCACGAGCCACAAUGUUCACGACGCGAUCAUUUGGCGUCGCCCAGGCCGCUCCACGAGCCGCACGCUCGUGCGAAGCAUGCCUCCCCCGUGUGCCCCGCAUCUCUCGGAAGGGCCCCCAGCGCCGCCUCCAAUCCUCGGGCACCACGGGCCCAACUUCGGGAGCCAAUAGCUCAGGCGCAUCGCACAUCAGCUCAGGCGUUGCCGGUGGCCUCGCCAGCGCGUCGCUGCUCUACGGCAUCUGGCUCUUCACCCCGUCGGGUAAGAUGAACACGGCGAUCAACAAGGCGGCCCGCGAAGCCAACACUAAAUACCAGCAAGUCGCCUCCACCAUGCGCGACAAGGCCCCGAGCGCAGACGAAGCCGUUGACAGGAUCAGGCAGAUCUGCUACGCGUACGUCGGCUGGAUCCCUGGCGGCCGGCAGUACGUCGACACGGCCUUCCACGACUUCGACACGGUCCGCGAGAGCCACCGCGACGAGGUGGACAAGCUCGUCGACGACACAUACCGCAAGUUCCAGGACAUUGCCAAGUCCGGGCUGAACAUGGAGACCUUGUCAAAAUCCUACGACGCCCUCACGGACCUGGCGCAGAAGCUCGCCAAGCUCACCGGGAGCGCAGCCGAGCAGAUUCUCGAGAACCACCCGCAGCUCAAAGAUAAGGUCGGCGAGCCCAUGUCUCAGCUGAAGCAGAUGGGCGAGAAAUACGGCCCCGAGGCUAAGAAGAUGGUGGACGAGACGUGGGACCAGGUCGGGGAGGUCAUGGCCGGCGGGUUUACUGCCGACAACGCGAACAAGGUGAAGAAGAUGGUCGAGGAGAAGCUGGAGAAACUCCGGAAGCUGGGCGAUCAAGUGUGGGAGAAGGGGCUUGAGCAGGCGCGCCCCUAUUUGGACAAGAGCCCGCGUGUCAAGCAGCUCAUCAUGGACAACCAGGAGCUCCUCAAGCAGGGAAAUGCGUCCGCGCUGUUCAAGCAGGCGAAGAGUGCCGUGGAGAGCGGGGACACGAGCAAGCUCGAGGACUACAUCAAGAAGGCGGUGGACAAGGCCAAGUCGUCGACGGGCGAGGGAGCGGAGUCGCUGAUGGGAGGCGGCAGCGCAAGCUUCGCGGCACUGGGGCAGUUCCUUGGUGUCACGUCACACGGGACAGGCGAGAAGAUACAGCAAAACAUGUCGCUGCUGACUGACGUCGUUAAGAAGCACUCUGAUGAGGGCGAACGCCUCCUUGAGGAGACGAAGGAAGAGCUGAAGCGGGUGCUCGAGGACAAGGCCAAGAAGGCGCAGCAGAUCGUCGACAAGGCCAAGGAUGGCAAGUGAUGACACGAGCUGGAUCCAUGUUCCGAUGACCAUGUGUAAUUAGCAUGCCUGUACUGUAAUACUCGGCAGUGUAUUCAUACCCUAAACGCGUUGUUGUCUUCGUGCGCUCGACAUUAUCUUAGACGGCUUGCUCGUCGUGUCUAAUAACACGUUGAAUCGUGAUUCUGAGUUGCUUCAAUG